CUGUUUCGCACCGCAAGGACGGCGAUAGAGCCAUGGAAGGAAUCGGAUCCGUGGGCAUCUGGGGCUUCUCCAAAUCCAUUGAUCUGCAAGAUCGAGAUUCCAUCAACGAAGAACAUGUCUACCAGAGUAUAAACGAUGGGCGAUCCGGGCGAGACGAUGAACUGCAUCGAGAUGGCAGUCACGACAUUCUUCUGAUUGGAAGCAUCGAUUCGAGGCACUUGAUGAAGACCAUUAGCCGGGCGCAUCGCCACGAGCCCACAAAGCUCAAUUUCUUCGUCAUGGAGCCACACGUUUGUCAGCUGGCCCGACACAUGGCGUUGCUGCUGCUCUUUCUCGACCAUUCCAACGACCUUGGGCUCCAGGAGCGGUGCGAGCUCUUCAUGGAUAUCUAUGGCAACACUAUGAUGCGCGAAAAAUCAGCGGACUGGGUCAAGCUCAAAACACCCGAAAUGAUCAGAGCGGUCACGGACGGCACCGGGUUUCUCGCCUCGAUAUUCACCUUCAACCACCUGAGAUUUAGGGAGCGCGAUGAUCUUGAGUUUGUGUUCAAGUUUUGGCAGGAUCCCAAGCGAAAAUACGAGGCGAGCAAGCUUUGGGAAUAUCGGGUACGCAGGCAUCUUGGCAUCCGGUUCGACCACCGCGAGAAUGCAUUCGAUUGGGACUAUCACAUGAAGAUUCCAGAGAGCGGGAAAUCGGUUCUGAGCAAGCACGAGUACCUAAAGUGGCGAUCGCACGGAAUUGGCUUUGAGAUCCGCGAGAGUUCCCAUGAGCACUCGAACCGCACGAUGGCGACCGUCGAUGGGAUGAAAGAGGAUGGAUUGACGGUCAGCAAAUGGGGCUACUUUAGCGACAUUGUGAUGGGUCCCUAUGUGGCAUUUGGACUCGACAGCGAAAACAAAGACCUGAUCAAGACAAAGAACGGCGUCUUUACCAAGACGGCGACCGAUGUGACCGAGUUCAACAUCAAGGGCAUGAUGUACGAGCUCGAAACGAAUGCAGAAUACAAGGAGGGACAGCCCAUGCUGCUGAGUGAUCCGGACGCCAAGAUGUACAGGGCCCAGGACCACGUCCAGAUCCAUUUUCUGCCCUGUGACUUUGGAUACCUCCUCAAGAAGAAGCAAAAGUUUGUGCGCAAGUUCAGGAGCAUAUUUUUAGGCGCGUUGAUGGCUCAUCGCCUGCCACAUCUGGCAGAGCUUAUGGACACAGACGGCCUCCUGAUUGUCGAAAAUGCGCAAUUCGUUCUCGACUUGAACAGCGAUCAAAAAGAGGAAUAUGAAAGGAGAGUCGCAGGAAUGGCCACGGAGGCGGGGCUGGAACAGACUCAGGUGUCGGGAGGCAUCUCUCAUCACUUUGUCUUCAAGCGUCGUGCGGCUGGAGCUCAAUCGCCGCCUGAAAAUGUCGUCUCUGUCCAAGCUGGAGUCGUGGAGGCAACUGCUGGUCUCGAGCAGCUCUCGACGAACAGUCUUGCUGAUCAAGAAGUACUCGAACUCAGCAGCACUAGUACUUCUUGAGAGUGAAGAGCCAGACGCCUGGAUCUGGUCGGUGGGAAGAUACGUCUCGAGCAAGGAGUAUCCAACGAAGUAUCAAAUCAGGUGGAUAAAAGUAGAGGCGUUGACAUCUGGCCAUAGAUACAGUUUGUUCAGAACGAAGCGGGGCAGUGUGCUCUCUGAGUGUCCCUCAGAGUGGUCCGUAGGUCCUGGUGGGCAGGCCAUGCGAUUGCGUCCAG